AUGUUCAAGUUGCGUUCAGAUGCGCCCAAAAAUGGCGUUAAGCUACCCCCAUGGCUUGACCAUUUCAACGCCCGCGAUCUGCAGACGCUUUUUCGCUGCUCCGUCGCGGCAUGGGUGGCGACCUUGUUGAUAUUCAUCGGCCCUUCGCUGGCUGUCAUCGGCCAAGCGACGUUUUUCGCUUGCUUGGUAAUCUUCAUCGUCCCGCCAUCAGGAAUCGUCUUCAUCUUCAUGCUCGCCACCGUCACCAUGCUGCUCGGGAUAUGUCUCGCAUGGGCCUGGGGAGUUAUCACGAUGAAGGCGGCUCUCGCGGCGCGACCUGCAUCGGACACUCAGGCACGGUUGCAGGCAUUGCAGCAGACUGUUGUUUCUCGUGCGAAUGCGACGGGGGAGCCUGCGGCUGCUAUUCAGCAGGAACUCAUUUUUGAUGGGUUUAUGCUUGAUGCGCGGGUUACUGUGAUUUAUUUUGUGAUGAUUUGUCUGUUUAUCUACUUUUUGGCACGCUUGCGCGCGAAGAACCCCAAGUUCGCGCUGGUUCAGGUGUUUGGGACGAUAAUUUCGGACCUAUUUCUGGUUAUUGCGCCCAUGUUGCCGUCAUUUUCGGGCACGUUGCCAAAGACACUGAUUGAACCGGCGGCCAUUGGUGUCGGUUUAGGUUUGGCGUCGUCUAUCCUGUUCUUUCCUCAGUCUACUUCAUCUACAGUUUUGCUGGGAAUGGAGAAAUUCAUUCAACUUGCUAGAAACCCUGUUGAUUAUACGCAAACCAGCCUGUCCAAAGAAAGCGAUGAUUACUCGCUCGAAGACCUUGUCAAGAUCAAAGGGCAGAUUAUCGCAGCCUAUAAGGCCUUGGAACCCGCGAUCGGAUUCCUCCCGUUGGACUUCUCAAUCGGUCGCUGGAGUCCGGAGGAUAUCAAGAGUCUCCAGCAGCCGGUGCGGAAUAUGUUGUUGUCAAGUUUAUCUCUCUUGGAGUUUCACAUCGCACGAGUGGGUGGACACGCCAAGCUGCAGAAAUUGAAAGAGAUGCCAUCAGACAAACAUGAUAUUGAUGAAAAGGGACUACGGGAGGUUGGUCGCCGGCAAUUAACUGACAGUCUUGAACUCAUGCAGGCCAUACAAAGCCCAGAGCAUGAAAGUCUUCAAUCGGAGAACGUCCGGACUCUAAAACAAUCCAGCUCGGAGAUCCUUCCUGCCUGUUUGGAUGCAGUGACGACAAUUGUGGAAUGUAUUCAUCUUGUCAACAAGAACCGCUGGAUUCCCUCACGGUCUCGUGAACAGUACGAGAAGCUCCUUGAUAAGGGCCCGAAAAUAUUAGAGUCUCUCCGGAAAGCGCGGUCCGCAUUCGCAACCAACACUACUGAAGCUUUGAUUCAAACACAUGGGGCGAUCUUUGAUGGAGAGGGUAACCUGAAGCCGGUGGACGCCUUGGUGGGACAUUCCGUCCGGGGAAUCAUGACGGGCAUGGUCUUUGAGGAACGGUUGCUUUCAGUGACCGAUGCGCUGGAUAGGUUACUGGCGCAUACUUUGACGCUCCUGUGGGAACGCCCAAAGACACGACUCUGGUUCCCCACGAGCCUCAGAUACGCUGCGGCGUGGAUAUCCCGGAAGAAUGCUGUUGCUCCUAUUCCCGAAGAGCAAGCCGCCAUGACCGAUCCCGAUAAUAAUGCAACCUCCACCGACGAAGCUCAGCAAUUACUUCGAAUUAGUCGGGGAUAUCGACCGCGCCAGCGGAACGGUUUCGCAAAGGCAUUCCUGGGAACGUACCACUGGUUCAUCAGCGCUGAGGGGUCGUAUGCGUUGCGGAUGGUCGUCGUGACCAUUGCUCUGGGCAUUCCUGCCGUGAUUCCUACGAGUGCGGGCUUCUACUACCGCGAAAAGGGAUUGUGGGGACUGAUCAUGGCACAGACAACCAUGUUGGUGUACAUGGCGGACUUUACGUUUUCGGUUGUUUGCCGGACAAUUGGAACGGUUGUUGGUGGUGUCCUGGGUUUGGUGGCAUGGUAUAUUGGGUCGGGUCAUGGAGAUGGUAAUCCCUAUGGAUUGGCCGCUAUCACUGGGGCGAUCAUUGUAGUGUUGAUGUGGGGUCGAUUGUUCUUUUCUCCGGCUCUGCUGCAAGCGACCAUCAUGUGUUCUGCAACGUUUGUGUUGACUGUUGGCUACAGCUACGACGAUACACAUGUUCCCCAAUACGGCAACCCAGGUGUGGGCUACAACGUCUUCUGGCGCCGCCUUGUCCUCGUCCUCGUCGGCAUCGCAGCAGCAACUGUUGUCCAACUGUUCCCCCGCCCACCAUCCGCUACCCGACACAUCUCUCACACUCUCUCCAACGCCAUCCGUUCCCUGUCUGACCACUAUGCCCUUCUCCUCACUUGCUGGGGGCAUCCUGAACACCGCGAAACUGGCCAAAUCGCGGAACAAAUCUCCAUCGACCUCGCUGAGAACCUCACCACCCUAACCGGCCCCAUUGCUCUUCUCCGCUUCGAGUUUUCAUCUUCUCGGUUUGAUUCUCAGACACUGCACCAGGUGCAAUCUAUCUGCCACGAGCUGAACCAGAACCUCGGCCGAUUGCUCUUCCUCUCCGUCUCCCUACCGCUGGACUUGCAGUCCCGUUUCGCGCAUAGCUUCGGCAUCCUCGACCACAGACAAAUAGGCGAUGCAAUGGCCGUCCUGGGCGUUGUCGAACAGGCAUUGAAAACGGGUGACGCGUUGCCAGAAGUUCUCCCAACACCACUGCUUAAAAGAUCGUAUGAGUACUGGAUGCAGCGCUCAGGGGAGUUCAAGUUGGGCGUGGAUCUGGUCCGGGACGAGAACUAUCGGAAAUAUUGCGUGGCGGUUAGUUCGUAUGUGCGGUUCCUGGGCGUUGUGGAUGAAUUGGUGCUCGUUGUUAAGAAGGCGUUGGGCGAGGUGCAUGUAAUUAGUCGGGAGGUUUGGAAUGUAUAA